ACUCAUUGUCAGAACAUUGGAGUCACCCUGUGCUGAUGAACAUGGACUGGACUCGGAUUGAUGAGAAGAUCUUGGAUCUCACCUUGGAGAUCAUCUCUCUGCUUAUUGGAGAGGAUCAGGUGGUUGCAAAAAAGUUUAGCGAGUGUGUUGAUCACAACCGCCCUCACCAUGUAAAAGAAGGAUCCUAUAAAACUGAGAGCCCCAGUGCGGUGACUCCACGUUCCUCGCUGAUACAUGAGAGAGGGAAUGACAAGAAGAUCCUGGAACUGACCAAUAAGAUCAUUCACAUGCUAACUGGAGAGGUUCCUAUAAGGUGUGAGGAUGUCACUGUCUAUUUCUCAAUGGAUGAGUGGGAGUAUCUAGAAGGACACAAGAAUCUAUACAAGGACGUGAUGAUGGAGAAUCACCAGACCCUCAGCUCACCGGAUAAACCUUUAUCAGGUGAAUAUCAUACUCCUGUUUGUAUGCCUGAGUUUGGAAACAAUGAGAAAAGUGUAGCUAAACCUAAAGAUGGACCACACUAUCUGCGAACUCGCAAAGUAAGAAAAGUACUGAAAAAGUAUAUGCCGUAUAUAUGGGAAGAGUCUCCACCGUGUAUAGAGGAAAAUCACAGAGACAUGGACAUUUACAAAGAGACAGAAUAUCCAUCUACUGAUAUUAAGAAGGAAUCGGCAUUACAUGAAGAAGGGAAUCUCACGGGGUUUGACAUCCAUGCAUGCACAGAUAAUACACAGACAGAAUAUUCAUCUAUUCUUAUUAAGGAGGAAUCGGCCUCGUAUGAAGAAGGGAAUCGCCCAGGAGUCGAUAUUUAUAAAUCCAGUCACAAUUCUACUCUUGCAGAUAGUGAAGAUAAUAGAGCUUGUUCAAACAUACAUUCUAUCAAUCCUUGUAUUGAAUUAAAUACACCAUAUCAUAUUGAUGGUAAUGCUACUCUGAGCAAAGACAACAUAGAGGAAAUAUUCCCGAUUUCCGAUUGUCCACAAGGCUUCAGUAGUGACACACAGGAUGUUAAACAUCAGCCAGCUCAUACAGGUAAAUACUUAUUAUCCACGCCAGACUUUGUUAUACAUGAGAUGAAUUACAAAGGAGAAAAUCAGAUUUUAUCUUCUCAAUCUGGGUCAGAUUUUUUUCAGAUGUCAAAUCUUGUCAAGCAGGAAAUGGAUUGGACUGAACAGAAACCAUAUAUAUGCUCUGAAUGUGGGAAAUAUUUUACCCAGGCUGCACAGCUCGCAUCACAUAAAAUGUUUCAUACUAAGGAAAGACCGUACAAAUGUACUGAGUGUUUGAAGAAUUUUAAAAGAAAGCAUCAUCUUGUUAGUCAUCGGAAGAUUCACACAGGAGAAAAACCAUUUAAAUGCACUGAAUGCGGGAAAUGUUUUAUUUCGAAUUCGCAGAUGAUUUCACAUACAUGGAUUCAUUCAGGCAAGAGACCAUUUAAGUGUUAUGAAUGUGGCAAGUGUUUUACCCUAAAGCAUCAUCUUAUUAGUCAUCACAUGGUUCACACAGGAGAAAAGCCAUUUAAAUGCUCUGAAUGUGGGAAAGGCUUCACCCAUGUUACAAAUCUUGCAGCACAUAAACUGAUUCACACAGGAGAAAAACCAUUUUCAUGCUCCGAAUGUGGGAAACGGUUUACCUUAAAACAUAUUCUUAAAAGGCACCACAGAGUUCACACAGGAGAGAAACCAUAUAGGUGUCUUGAAUGUGGAAAAAGUUUUUCUCGGGCCACAAAUCUUGCCGCACAUAAACUUAUUCACACAGGAGAAAAACCAUUUUCAUGCUCUGAAUGUGGGAAAGGUUUUACCCGGCCCACAUCUCUUAUCAGACAUAAAAUAAUUCACAGAUGAUUAGAGCCAUUCUUCUGUUCUGAAUUAGACACUAAGGCCUAUUAGAUUAGAACCCAUUUGGAUGUACAAUGUGAAGGGCACACUAUUUGUUACCAGUGUUUUGUUACAUAUACAAUGCAAUGAAUAAGGUUUGUAUUGUUUUUUUGUCCCUGCACUCUUGCUUUUUGGGUGUAAAUUAAGAGAGGUGUAAUGUGCUAAAUAUGAGAAUUUUUUAUGAAUGGGGAGCUACUGGUUGGCAGCUGACCGCUCUAUCCAGUCAGCAGCGCUCCUGCUCUGUGCUGCCUGUAACUCAUUUUCAGUAGCU